GUGUUAUUAACGUUCUACGGUUGUCACAUUCGCAUUUAGCGAGUUAAGCAAUACGGCCUUGUGAAUUCGAGGCCCUCAGUUAGGUUAUAGUCCCCAGUGCCUCUAUCGAGGCCGAAUAAGGUCAGGAUAACCCACUUAAACUGACAGUGCUUGGUGCUUUUUUUCAGUGACUAUGUAUCCAGAGUUUGCCUGGAACUAGACGUGUGUUAUUCAAUUCACUAACACAAGUCAGUAGUCGUUACAUGUCUGGCCUUUCUUUAUCACAAAUAAAAAUAAUAUAAAUAAUUUUAUACCUUGAAAAUCUCUCGAAUAUAACUUAAAGGCGUCGUUAUCGUAUAAAUUCUUCCGCCUAGAACCCCCCCCCCUUUUUAUAUACAUAUAUAUAAAAUAGGCUAUAUAGUUUAUUUCACAAUAAACCCGUUAUGAUAUGACGACAAAGCCCUUUAAGCGCCAACCCCAAUUUCCUUACCAAGACUGUAACUCAUGUAAUCUCUAAACGAAAUAACUCAUUAAGACACAUAUGCACAAGGGCUGUCCAAAAUUUGUGUGUGCUCCACAUUCAUUCUUGUAAUUUAAUUGUAACAUACCAACGCUGUCAGAGGCUCUACCGUGCUAGUAACGUGUUGGGAGCGGCAUUUCCUAUAGUGUGUCAAGUUAGUUCGGACUUCCUAGUUAUUUGUGUGUGUCUCGAUCGCUGACAGUAAUAGAGGCAAUCGCAGAAUCUAGCCGAAGCAGAAUUAGUAGCCAUAAUCAUAAAGUUAAGAAAAAAAAUAUUCUUUAUUCCUCAUUAUUACUAAUAGGCCUAUUACUAAUUUGCCUAUUUAUAAAUAACUUUCAUUCACAUCAUGCCCUAAACACAUUUAUUGUCUAAUUUAAAAAAAAACAACUAAUUAUCACAUCUUUUUUCUAUGUUUCCUAGUUACACAAUACUUAAUCCUUAGCUGUUGUUGUUUGGAUAAUUUAGCGUAGCCAAUGUCAACUCGUUCGCGAAUGACAACCAUAGUAAUGUUGUUUUUUUUUUUUUGCACACGUGAUAUGGAGAUCGCUUAAUAACAUCGGUACCAAAAAGAUUUGCAAAAGUAUCAAAAUUUGUUCAAAUGGUGAUAUGAAAGGUGUGAUAAAGUUCAGACGAGAAUCGCGCCAUUGGCUGCUGGAUUGUGUGAACUGAGUUUUAAUGUAUUUAAAAAUUGCUUACAGAUUGACCAAAGGUGCAAUCACGACAUGCAAGGGGGGCAUGAAUAGUGACAAUCAAUUAUCAACUUAAAGUCUCAUCAAGAAAUUAACUUUUACAAUGUUCAUGUUUUUCUUUUUAAUCUGGACACGUGACUUGGGGCUCUUGGAAUGUCAAUCUAACGGUAAGCGAAUCACAGGAAUCUAUUAAGGCUUUAGGCUCAAUGGAAACAAUUUGUUUACCAAAGAUGUGAUGUCUACGUAAUUUCCUGUUGUUGGGAAUAAAUUGAAAUUAUUCAUUGAGAAUAUGGUCAAGUAUUACAUUUGCACAUCAUAAAUUUUGACAAAAUUAAAUUAUUAUUUCCUUCAAGUUUUACUAAAUAACAUUAGUUUAAUAAUAAUAUAAGUGAUAACAAUAAUGGUUCUAAUAAAUAAAAAUUAGAAUAAUUAAUAAACUAACUCAGAGGCGUAGCGUGGUGUGGGCAGGGGGGACAGAUGUCCCAGGGCGCCAGCUAGUUAGGGGCGCCAAAAUGUGCUUUGAUAUUAUUUUAUUGAUGAAAAUAAUGGGUUUGAGAAAUGGAAAAAAGAAAAAGGGGCGCUGAAAAUGAAUCUUGUCCCCGGGCGCCAAACACCCUCGCUACGCCACUGAACUAACUGUCAUGUAAAAACAAAUUUAUUUUAAAAUUAUUUCUGUCGUUGUUCGGGCGAAGCAGUUGAUUUACCCCCCCCCCCCUUUUUUUACCUUUUUGUAAUUUUAUAUGUUUAGUUCCUUUUGUUUCCUUAAAAUAAUUUUACCUAUGUUUAGUUCCUUUUGUUUCCUUAAAAUAAUUUUACCUAUGUUUAGUUCCUUUUGUUUCCUUAAAAUAAUUUUACCUAUGUUUAGUUCCUUUUGUUUCCUUAAAAUAAUUUUACCUAUGUUUAGUUCCUUUUGUUUCCUUAAAAUAAUUUUACGUAUGUUUAGUUCCUUUUGUUUCCUUAAAAUAAUUUUACCUAUGUUUAGUUCCUUUUGUUUCCUUAAAAUAAUUUUACCUAUGUUUAGUUCCUUUUGUUUCCUUAAAAUAAUUUUACCUAUGUUUAGUUCCUUUUGCUUCCUUAAAAUAAUUUUACCUAUGUUUAGUUCCUUUUGUUUCCUUAAAAUAAUAUUACCUAAGUUUAGUUCCUUUUGUUUCCUUAAAAUAAUUUUACCUAUGUUUAGUUCCUUUUGUUUCCUUAAAAUAUUUUUUUUUUUAAAAUCAUUUUCAAUUGGCUUACCUUUGUGACUUUGUUUUUAUUAUUUUUUUUUAAAGGGAGUUAUGCUUAAAAUAAUACCAAAUCAUUAGUUAGUAAAUUUUGUUGUAUUUGCAGUCGCUAAUUUUGUUGUAUCUGCAGCCCUUCAUAUUGUCGAAUAUGCAGCCCCAACCCUGGAAACAAUCACUGGCAUCGUCUGUCCGGCUGAUCGACCGGCCAUAUGUCUGCCCUACGGCGCUUGCUGCAAAGUCUCGGAGUUCUGCCACUCCGGGCUGUGUGAGAGCUGCUUCCCCUUGAACGUACCGGAAGAAAGCCGACUGGAAUGGUGCAGACACACGGGAGUCACCAAUGUGACGAGCAUGAGACACCACACGUGUCGGUUGGCGUGUCAAGACGUGUUCAGUGAGACGUUGCUGAGCGUCUGUCCAAGUGAGUGUCAGAUGGUCUUAUCACUUUGAAAGUUAUACCUGUCUUAAAAGGUAUGUCUGAAAUUAACGCUAAAAGAGAAACCUUUAGAGCCACAUUAAAUCAUGAACUAUUACCAAGAGAGACAACCCUUGGAGCAACGUUGCAUUUCAGAACGUGAAAUUGCUAUCCCCCCUCCCCCCCCCAACUCCGCCCCCCUUUCCCAUUAAAAUUCUGAAUAAACUUUUGCCUACAUUAAGGAAGGAAUUAAUUUGGGCAUCUAUAUCACUCUAAAGUAAAUGGCAGAAAUCAAGUCAUUUCAUUAAUUAUUUUCCUCUCAUUUCGUAGAGAUCUAUGAGCAUUGAUCAGUUGAGAUCUAAGAUAUUUAAUGUAUGACGAAUGAAGUCGACCUUGAUGGAAAACUUUGACCCAAAGGCAAUAGUAAAAAAAAAUUGUCUUUCUUUACCGCUGAAAAUCAACACAUCCACAAUGUUAGUAUUACAACGUACACGCUUGCUUUUAAAAUGAAGCUUAGUCUAUCUGUUAGCAGAAACUCACGAGGACAAUAAAGUUGAUGUCGUUACGCAAGCAGAUUCCCGCCAUGACCAUGGAUGUGCGCGAAUAUCGAGAGAUUCAUGCAGUGCAUUGUGUAGGUAUCCACUGAUAUCUAGAUGUUUUGUUGUUGUUUUUUUGCUUCAUCUGCGGCAUCGGUUACAGAAUGGCGUUAUGGCACCAAAAUAUAAAUAUAAAAUAUAAAUAUAAAAUAUAAAUAUAAAAGCACUUGCAGUAGGAUAACUCUUUAACUUGCUCCUAUAUCGUGUCUCGGAAAUGAUGGAUAGAAACAUAUAGCAGGGGAAAAGUCACCGACUUUAAUUGUCUAUCCGAAAUGUGGGUGUGGUUGGUCAGUUUAUGGGAUUUUUUAAGUUGGUCAUUUUAGGAGAUUUUAGCAGUUGGUCAGUUUAGCGGAUUUUUGCAUUUGGACAGUUUAGCGGAUUUUUACAGUUGGUCAGUUGAAAGGAUUUUUGCAGUUGGUCAGUUUAAGGGAUUUUUGCAGUUGUCAGUUAAAGGGAUUUUUGCAGUUGGUCAGUUUAAGGGAUUUUGAAGUUGGUCAGUUUAAGGGAUUUUUGCAGUUGGUCAGUUUAAGGGAUUUUUGCAGUUGGUCAGUUUAAGGGAUUUUUGCAGUUGAUCAGUUUAAGGGAUUUUUGCAGUUGUUCAGUUAAGAUUUUCGUGGUUGGUCACUUAAGGGAUUUUGUGGUUAGUCAGUUAAAGGGAUUUUGUGGUUGGUAACUUUAAGAGAUUUUGUGUAAGUAUGGCAGUGUUGAAUUUUAAAACGUCCAAAGUGAAGAAAUAUAUUUUUUUUUUGUUAAGCCAUUAAAGCCAUUUUUGUUAUGCUGAACAUAAAUACACACCCGCAUAUUUUCUUAGUGUUUCUAUUAGAGUAAGUUUCGAUAAAUAUAUUACGGUAGUGGGUGGGUUAUGAAGGAGCGUAGCAGUUAGUGCGUAAAAAAAACCGAGCCGUUUCGUUGCCUGUGUUGAACAAAAAAAGAAAUCCCCACAAUGGGAUAUGUUUUAAAAUUGCGAAAAAUUAAGAUCAACCGUUUACUAAAACAUUCUGAAAACCAAAACAAAGAACUAGUUGGUGACUCUAAAAAACAUGUGGCAGUGGCCAAUUCUUAUGAAAGUGUGUUACGUCCUCCCUCAUAAAAGGUUACGUCUAUGCAACACAGCUUUAAAUAAAAUAUAUCUGACUAUUCAAAUUGUAUUUAAUAAUAACUAUAUGGUAAAUACGCUGAAUAAUUUACAUUUACUGUCAAAGCCAAAUUUCCCAUCCAAAAACUUUUCUUUUUAAAUAAUAAAUUUGUUGAAAAAGGUAGAAUUUUUUUUUGGUUUAAUUCUUUAAUUUUUUAGUUGCUUUUCUUUCAGGGACUACAUUUACAGUAACUGGUGUCUUAAUUUGUUGUUUCGCUACAUUGGCCGUUGUGUGCUUCAGGCGCAGGCAAAUCAUGAUCAAUUUGAGGAAUGAAGAAAACAAAUCUGCUAGUAAGUUUGCGAAAUCUUGUCAUUCAAACACUGUUGUUUAUUUUUUCAACCACCAGCUGCAGCGCAAAGUCUAUUAAUGUUUUUUUACAAUUUUCGACCAAUGAAGACAUGGCUCAUAGUCAGAAAUAUAGAUACAAUUUUAUGACAUUCUUUCAGUGGCGUAGCUAGUGUACGUGCCGCCCGGGACAGGGCAGAUAUUUUUCGUCACUCCAGUUCCACGAACCCGCCCUCCCUUCUGCAGUUGGCCUCCAGUGCCGCCUUUCAAUAUAAAGAAAAAAAAGUGCCGCUCAUGGCGGCGAGCCCUUUGGCAAACCCCUCCCCACCCCACUUCAUACAGUAUCAUUUUUAAAACAGUGAAGUUACCAGGAAAUAGUUAGUUGUCUCUGGUCAUCGUUGGUUAUCUUAUAACAUCCUUUAAAUUCCUACCACAAAACUGAUCCCAUCAUGAUCACUCUAUCUAAUUCAAACUAUGAAUUGAACUGCUAUUUUUUUUCAAAAGUACUAACUUUGCGGCGAUGCAGUACUUACUUAAAACAUAUUAGAAAGUUAAAAGUAAAAAAUACACAGUUAGAGGCCACCUCCCCCGAUUCACAUAUACACAGGGGCCACCCCCUGCCACAAGUCGCAAAAACAUACUUAGAAGCCACACCCCCACCCACCCCCAGUCAGGAAUACACAGUUAGAGGCCACACCACCCAGGUCACAAAUUCUCUGAUGUGUUCUGAAUUAUUUGUAUCGAAAUACUUCAAGAGCAUCCACUAAUGAUCUCGUAAAUUUUCUUUCUUUGCAGAUCAAGACGUUCGAGAUGUGAUAAGUCGAGUCGAGCAGGUCACCUCAGCACUGAAAUGCGAAAACAGGUCUGACCAAUUUGACCGCGAGAAUAUCAAGGACUUGGUCCAGAGCUUACACAACCAGCUGACAGAACUGAGCCAGGUCCUCAAACGCUGGAGCCAGUCACGUGACUCGGUGACCACGCUAAGUGCCAUGGCCGUGCUGGAGUCCAGCAACAUUUCUACGGCGCUAUCAAAGGAUGUCCUGUUGUCUCGGCAAAAACAACUGAAUGGUUUUGUUUAAGGUCCACCAACCGUUCUUGCAGGGCUGUAGAGUGGGCCACGCAAAAGGGGGGGGGGUUGGGGCUAGAUUACUCGAGAGGCCCAAAAUUGUGAUGCGGGAAAAAAACAAAAACUAUCAACAUUGAAUGCUGGGCUUUGACCAAAACCAAAAUCUUCCAAGGAGUCCUCCAAAAGUCACGCCACGGCUCUGCGUUCUUGAAUGGAGGACAUCGACUGGUUCAACUUGUUUUGAACAAAUUUUCAAAUAACAAAUGAAACAUUUCCUUGUAUGGAAAUUCAAAAUUUUCAACAACAAUAACAAAACAAAAAAAAAACAAAAAAGAAUUGAUGAUUCUUGUUUGUUUUGUAAUAUCAAUACAAGCGUGAUGACAUUUAAAAUUACAUACUUGAUUGAAUAGAUGAGAAAAUAUUUUGGAAUGUCAAAUAACGACUACAGAACUGGUGGCGAGAGCAAGGGACAGAAAUAAAAUGUCUCUAGCUUCAAACAAAGAUUAGGAUUUUACGCAGCUCGAGCGAUUACAUCAUGAUUAAGUGUGUACAGUAGUGAAAGAAUUGCAACCUUAACUAUACUGUUUUAUUUCCCCCCAAGUUUUUUUUUUUUAUAUUACUAUCAUAAAGUAUCAUAGCCUCCUAUCUGUCAUUUAAUAUCUACAAAUGUGAUUGAGGUUUAAAUAAAUUAUCCGUAUUGUUUUUAAAAUAUCUUAAGCAUCUGUGAUGGAUAGGGUGGGAUGUGAUCUUAAGCAUCUGUGAUGGAUAGGGUGGGAUGUGAUCUUAAGCAUCUGUGAUGGAUAGGG